UUGGGUCGCGAACUUUCGCAGCAAGUAACGUGCUGCGUACUUAUUUUCUGUGACUCCAAAUUACUGUGCUAUUUGUGAUUUUGUGCAAUCACAGAGCAUGAACACAAUGCCAAAGACGGGAAUAAUCCUGUUUACAGGCAAUUCCCACCGAGAGCUUGCACAGUUAAUUUCAAGUCGAUUAGGUCUUGACCUUGGUCAUGCUGCUGUGUUCCAGAAAUCAAACAGAGAGACGGUGGUAAACAUUGCAGAUUCUGUCAGAGGAAAAGAUGUCUUCCUAAUUCAGACAGCCACAAAGGAUGUAAAUAAUGACAUCAUGGAGCUGCUUGUGAUGGCAUAUGCUUGCAAGACCUCCAGUGCUCGCAAGGUCAUCGGUGUCAUACCUUACCUACCCUACUGCAAGCAGAGCAAGAUGCGCAAACGUGGUGCCAUUGUGUCAAAACUCCUUGCCAAAAUGAUGUGCAAAGCAGGUAUAACACACUUGAUUACAAUGGAUCUACCACAGAAAGAGAUCCAAGGUUUUUUUGAUGUUCCUGUUGAUAAUCUCAGAGCUUCUUCAUUUCUUCUGAACUACAUUCGGACCUCAAUUCCCGACUACACAAAUGCAGUCAUUGUGGCCAGAAAUCCUGGCUCAGCUAAACGCGCGCAGUCAUUCGCGGAACGACUGAGACUGGGAUUAGCUGUGAUCCAUGGUGAGCAGAAAGAAGCCGAAUCUGAUGAAGUAGAUGGGCGUCACUCCCCACCACCGAUCCUGAGUCGCACGUAUAACCCUGACCUUGGGUUUGAAGUUGUACCAGUUAUGGCAGCCAAGGAAAAGCCUCCAAUGAACGUUGUGGGAGAUGUUGGUGGUAGGAUCGCUAUCAUUGUGGAUGACAUCAUAGACGAUGUGGAGACAUUUGUUGCGGCUGCUGAGUUGCUUAAAGAACGAGGUGCCUACAAGAUCUAUAUUAUGGCCACGCAUGGCCUUCUAAGUGCAGAUGCACCACGAUUGCUGGAACAAGCUCCUGUUGAUGAGAUUGUUGUUACCAACACCAUCCCCCAUGAGGUGCAGAAGAUGCAGUGUCCAAAGAUCAAAACUGUCGAUAUCAGCCUGAUGCUUUCUGAAGCCAUUCGGCGGAUCUACAACAAUGAGUCGAUGUCGUACCUGUUCCGUGAUGUGUCUAUGGAAGAUUGAAAUGUUGGAACACGUCUAUCCGAAAGGCUUAGCUUUCUUGAACCCUCAUAUCAUGGUAACGAACUGUAUGAAGUACAAAUAUAUUUCAGUCUUGGUACUUCAUUGAGUUUAACGUAAGCAAACUUUCACUGCUUCAAUAGCUACUCUAGUGAGGCUACAUGCAGUAGAUUUGAUGCUGAAUACUGAUAGUACCAGUAGCCUGUCUGCAUAUCAUUGCAGUGGGUAUGAAAAGCUGGGGCUUCACCAGCUGUGGAUGGUUGAAGGUGGUGAAGUGGUGAUGUUUGCACUAGCAAUGUAAUUUUGUAAUGUGAAAAUCUGUGUAGGGUUGAAGAUACUAAAAUGCAGUUUCUUAGAGGGCGAGGCAUUGUGACAUGUGUGCGAGUGGAAUUGUAGAUACACAUAGUGUAAUAACAUCAAAUGGCAUGUGAACAAAAACCUCUAGAUUUAACUAGUAAUUAAUUUCUGAAAUAAUCUUAACAUUGUUGUUAAUCAAAUGUUUUGGAUGGCAGUCGGUUUGUUGUCGACCAUAUGAUCAUUGCAGUCGAUUAAAUGUUAGUCGUUGGCAACAUUCUAGAUCUGAAGUGACCCAGUUUUGUGUGCACUUUACAGAUUCACUUAUUGGUAACUAAUAAUGUGAUCAAGGUUCUCCAUUUCUUUUCAAUUCAGCUUGAUUGUUAGAAAAAUUAAGCAUGUGUUUUUUAUACACAUUCCAGCAUGAUUGAUACGGAUACAAAUGGAUAUCGUAGUUGGUAACCUAGUGCUAGGUGACGAUCACUGGUGAGCCUGGAUUAAGUUGAUAGUCGUUAGUGGAUGUGGUUUCAUGUAAGAUGAUGUCUUUAAAUUACACAUGCAAAUUGAUGCUAUGCAAUGUGUUGGUAUUUAUUAUACCCAAACAAGCCGUGUAUACAGUCUGUUGCUCUAAGAACGUAGUUUGGGCUUGUGAUUUUUUUUCAUUAAAUAAAUUUUGCAAACCUGGUGUGAAUGCAAGGAA